AGCUAAAACCAAUCUAAGAAGCAAUAAGAAGAGCUCUUUUAUAUCUCUCUCUCUCUUUAUUUUUUUUUUUCCUUCUUUUUUCUUGUUCUCUAAUACUUAUCUGGGAAGAGAGAGUGAAAGAGAUUAGAAAAGGACAGCUUUAAUAUAACAUUAUUAUUAUAAAUAUUAUAAUAGUACUACUAUUGUUUUUGAUGGUCUUGUUUCUCUAGUUGUUGUUGGUUCCUCCUCAGAACAAAGAAUCUUUCACCUGCCCCCUCCCCAGCAAAAUAUCGGCCAAAGUCGAGGCUCUGGUUCCCAACGAGCUCCCAAGUUCCCAACGAAGCGAAGGCUCUAAUCAAAGUGGGGAGUAUGACGAUCUCGUGCGAGGAGAGGGUGAUAGCUGAGUUCGAGGCGCUCACGCGCGACGCGGGGCGCGUCCAAGCGGAGACGCUGCGGCGGAUCCUCGAGGAGAACGGCGGCGCCGAGUAUCUCCGGCGCUUCGGCCUCGGCGGCCGCACCGACGCCGCGAGCUUCCGCUCGUACGUGCCCCUCGUCACCCACUCCGAUCUCGAGCCGUUCAUCCAGCGGAUCGUCGACGGCGACAACUCCCCCAUCCUCACCGGGAAACCCAUCACCGCGAUCUCGCUCAGUUCCGGGACUACACAGGGAAAGCCCAAAUUUAUUCCGUUCAAUGAAGAGUUGCUCGAUUCGACGAUACAGAUUUAUCGUACCUCUUAUGCGUUCAGGAACAGGGAGUACCCGAUUGGCAAUGGAAAAGCCCUGCAAUUCAUUUACGGCAGCAAGCAGGUUAUGACGAAAGGAGGCAUCGUCGCCACGACCGCCACGACAAACUUAUUCCGGAAUGACCAAUUCAAGAACGCGAUGAAGGAUAUCCAAUCUCAGUGUUGUAGCCCCGACGAAGUCAUAUUUGGUCCCGACUUCCACCAGUCCCUUUACUGUCACUUGCUCUGUGGCCUAAUCCUCUCAAAUGAAGUGCAGUUUAUAUUCUCUACAUUUGCUCAUAGCAUUGUUCAUGCGUUCCGUACUUUCGAGCUAGUAUGGGAGGAACUAUGUACUGAUAUAAGAGAAGGGGUCCUCUCCAGUAGAAUCACUUCCCCCUCGAUCCGAGCGGCCGUUUCUAAAAUUCUAAGUCCCAACCCAGCUUUAGCCGACGCCAUAUACAACAAAUGUGCAGGCUUAAGCAAUUGGUAUGGUGUGAUACCCGAACUGUGGCCCAAUGCGAAAUAUGUGUAUGGAAUUAUGACCGGAUCAAUGGAGCCGUAUUUGAAGAAACUGAGGCAUUAUGCUGGGAAUUUACCAUUAAUGAGUGCAGAUUAUGGAUCCUCGGAAGGAUGGAUCGGCGCGAACAUAGACCCUAAGUUGGCCCCGGAAAAGGUGACUUUUGCUGUACUGCCAAAUAUUGGGUACUUUGAAUUUAUCCCUUUGGAGAAACCUGAAGGUGAGGAGGCGGAUAAUUGUGCUUCCGUUCAUUACGUGGAAUCGGAGCCUGUUGGAUUGACGGAGGUCGAGGUCGGCAAAGAGUAUGAAGUCGUCUUAACGAAUUUUGCAGGUUUGUACAGAUACAGAUUGGGAGACGUGGUUAAGAUCGCGGGAUUCCACAACUCCACUCCGGAGCUGCAGUUCUUGUGCCGGAGAAGCCUCCUGCUAACCAUCAACAUCGACAAGAACACCGAGAAAGACCUCCAGCUGGCAGUGGAGGCCGCUUUGAAGCACUUGGCCGCAGAGAAGGUUGAGGUUGUGGACUUCACGAGCCUGGUGGACCGCUCGUCGGACCCGGGCCACUACGUGAUUUUCUGGGAGCUGAGCUCCGACGCGAGCGAGGAGGUCUUACAAAGCUGUUGCAACAGCUUAGACUUGGCCUUCCUGGACGCAGGCUACGUCGCGUCCAGGAAGGUCAAGGCGAUCGGCCCGCUCGAGCUCCGCGUCCUUCGGAAAGGGACUUUUCAGAAUAUUCUAGACCAUUACUUGGGCCUCGGCGCGGCAGUGAGCCAGUUCAAGACGCCACGGUGUGUCGGCCCGUCGAACAGCAUGGUAUUGCAGAUAUUGUCUAGGAAUGUUAUCAAGAACUACUUAAGUACUGCAUAUGGAAGCUAGGCUAUUUGCUCUCUUUUUUUUCUUUGUUUUUGACCUCUCUUUUUUUUUUUUUUGUUGCUGCUGCUUUUGAGUCCUUAAUGCUGCUGUGAUUAGGGUAUCUCUCUGUGUUUUCUUUGCUUUGAUCAAGUUGUAUGUGCAUGUAAGUUUUGCUUCCUCUGAAAACAAUUUAGGUUUAAUUUACUUUUCUGUA